AAGUCCUCUAAGGCACCAGCCUCUUUCCUACACACAGUAUUUCUGGGAAAGAAAAACAAAACUUCGCCCAGAUGAAGAGAACCCACCUGUUUGUGGUGGCGGUCUACCUGCUGUCCUCCUGCAGGGCAGAGGAGGGGCUGAACUUCCCCACCUAUGACGGCAAGGACCGUGUGGUCAGUCUAACCGAGAAGAACUUCAAGCAGGUUUUGAAGAAAUACGACUUGCUCUGCCUCUACUACCAUGAGCCCGUGUCUUCAGAUAAAGUCGUGCAGAAACAGUUCCAACUGAAAGAAAUCGUGCUGGAGCUUGUGGCCCAAGUCCUGGAACAUAAAGAUAUUGGCUUUGUGAUGGUGGAUGCCAAGAAAGAAGCCAAGCUUGCCAAGAAACUGGGUUUUGAUGAAGAAGGAAGUCUGUAUGUUCUUAAGGGUGAUCGCACAAUUGAGUUUGAUGGCGAGUUUGCAGCUGAUGUCUUGGUGGAGUUUCUCUUGGACCUCAUUGAAGACCCAGUGGAGAUCAUCAACAGCAAACUGGAAGUCCAAGCCUUUGAGCGCAUUGAGGACCGUAUCAAACUCAUCGGCUUUUUCAAGAGUGAGGACUCAGAAUAUUACAAGGCUUUUGAAGAGGCAGCUGAACAUUUCCAGCCGUACAUCAAAUUUUUUGCUACUUUCGACAAAGGGGUUGCAAAGAAAUUGUCCUUGAAGAUGAAUGAGGUUGACUUCUAUGAGCCAUUUAUGGACGAGCCCAUUGCCAUCCCUGACAAACCCUACACAGAAGAGGAGCUUGUGGAGUUUGUGAAGGAGCAUCAAAGACCCACUCUACGUCGCUUGCGCCCAGAAGAUAUGUUUGAAACAUGGGAAGAUGAUUUGAACGGGAUCCACAUUGUGGCCUUUGCAGAGAGGAGUGAUCCAGAUGGCUAUGAGUUCCUGGAGAUCCUGAAGCAGGUUGCUCGGGACAACACGGACAACCCUGGCCUGAGCAUCGUAUGGAUCGACCCAGAUGACUUUCCUCUGCUUGUUGCCUAUUGGGAAAAGACUUUCAAGAUUGACCUAUUCAAGCCACAGAUUGGAGUGGUGAAUGUUACAGAUGCUGACAGUGUCUGGAUGGAGAUUCCAGAUGGUGAUGACUUGCCCACAGCUGAGGAGCUGGAAGACUGGAUUGAGGAUGUGCUUUCUGGGAAGAUAAACACUGAGGAUGAUGAUAACGAAGAUGAAGAGGAUGAAGAGGAUGACGACGACGAUGAUGACAAUGACAAUUCUGAUGAAGAGGAUAAUGAUGACAGUGAUGACGAUGAUGACUAG